AAUAAAAAAUAGUAAUACUAACAUUACUAUAUAAGGUUUUGAUAAUAAAUAAUGAAGCCUGCUCUCUUAAUGACACAAAGAGACAGUAGGUUACUGACAGAAAACAAAAGCGCUGUGCUACUGAGCGCGCCAGCACAAUCGGGGCGGGCGGUUUGGGUUUCGAACUGUGUCCGUGACAGAGUACGGUCCAAUAGUCAUCAGGUGACGUAACGCGUUCUAUCCAAUGGCAGACGUGUGCUUUCUAUCCGCCCAAUGAGAACAGGGCAGCGUUAGGGCUUAAAAUGACAGCGUUCGCCAGCGCCGUUUAUUGUGUUUUUUUCCUCCGUGAAGUUCACAGUUCGACGCUAUGGCAAGAACCAAGCAGACCGCCCGUAAGUCCACUGGUGGCAAAGCGCCCAGAAAGCAGCUCGCUACUAAAGCUGCUCGCAAGAGCGCCCCGGCUACCGGCGGCGUGAAGAAGCCUCACCGUUACAGGCCCGGCACCGUUGCUCUGAGGGAGAUCCGCCGUUAUCAGAAGUCUACUGAGCUGCUUAUCCGUAAGCUGCCCUUCCAGCGCCUGGUCCGAGAAAUCGCUCAGGAUUUCAAGACCGACUUGCGUUUCCAGAGUUCGGCCGUCAUGGCCUUGCAGGAGGCUAGCGAGGCAUACCUGGUCGGUCUGUUCGAGGACACCAACCUGUGCGCCAUUCACGCCAAGAGAGUGACCAUCAUGCCUAAGGACAUCCAGCUGGCCCGCCGUAUUCGCGGAGAGCGCGCUUAAACCUCAAUUCUGUCUAAUGUACACAAAGGCUCUUUUAAGAGCCACCA